AUGCUGGGUCGCGAAGCAUUGCGCGAACUCCGCCACUCGGGUGGAACAGCUGGAACUAUUUCGGAUGAUUGCUGGCAAGCAGACUCUCGAGACUCUGAGGGUCGCCUGGUGGCAUCCCCGGUCUCCUUCCCGUCAGGGAUCAAGGCCCUUGCGGACUAUGUGCACAGCAAGGGGCUCAAGCUGGGCAUCUACGCCGAUGCUGGCCUUCGCACGUGUGCCUUGAAGCCAGGCUCGCUGUGGCACGAGGCAGUAGAUGCUGCCACCUUCGCUGAAUGGGUGGGUGUUACACGCAUGCCCUCUGAUGCCCAAAUGCUCUCAACUCAAGCACCAGCAACUGUGGCACCUGACUCUCCACCCACCCCCACCAGCGUUCGCACAUGCGCAUUGAAGCCUGGCUCGCUGUGGCAUGAGGCAGUGGAUGCAGCCACCUUCGCUGAAUGGCAUGGCACAAGUGCGUUGAAGCCUGGUUCGCUGUGGCACGAGACAGUGGAUGCAGCCACCUUCGCUGAAUGGGGAGUGGAUUAUCUCAAGUACGACAACUGCUACAACGAUGGGAGUCCCAGCAUAAAGCGCUACACGAUCAUGCGCAAUGCAUUGGAGGCCACUGGGAGAGACAUAUUCUUCUCCAUGUGCGACUGGGGCCAGGAUCUCCCUGCUCUGUGGGCGUAUGGCGUGGCAGACACAUGGCGCACCACCCGUGACAUUGAGGACACGUGGAGCAGCAUGAUGCGCAUUGCAGACAUCAACAACAAGUGGGCCAAAUACGCCAAACCAGGCGGGUGGAACGACCCAGACAUGCUGCAGGUGGGGAAUGGCGGCAUGAGGCAGUCGGAGUAUCGUGUGCACUUCAGCCUCUGGGCCAUCAUGAAGGCGCCUCUGCUGAUUGUCUGUGAUCUCUCUGCUGCCUCGAACGAGACCAUGAGCAUUCUGAGCAACAACGAAGUGAUAGCCGUCAACCAGGAUUCACUGGGAGUUCAGGCACGAAAGGUGCAUAUUUCCCACAACUCGUCGGUGGAGGUCUGGUCCGGGCCUCUGUCUGAUGAUCGGCAAGUAGUGGCUUUGGUGAAUCGUGGUGCGAGGAGCGAGAAUGUGACCGUCAGCUGGAAAUCAAUAGGGCUGAAUGCGGUGCAGCGGAUGUAUGCGCGAGACCUCUGGAAGAAAUCCACCUUGGAUUCCGCCUUCUCUGGAGAGAUGAGUGCUCGUGUUGCGAGCCAUGACGUGCGACUCUUUGUGAUCUGGCCCGCUCCAGAUGUCUAA